CUUGGGUCCGCAUGCGCGGGCUCGGCCGGCCGGCGCUCGAGCCCCGCAUUUCGCGUUGGCUUACGUGGCGGCGGCUGAAGCAGGAGGGGGUGUGGGGGGUAAGGCAGGAGGCCGCAACAGUGGCUGUUCCUGUCCGCCUCAACUGGUCGUGUCGCCGGAGCUUAUUUUGCAGUGAAUGGACCUCCGAUAUUCUAGUCAAGGAUCAGGAUGGCGAUGCAGAAGCAUUUCUCGACUAUUGUUAUCGUCCUUUGUGUCUGUGGUUUGUUUCCGUCACUGUCCAGUGCAGAUAUCCACAGAGCCAAUGCCAAGAAGCUGACCCGAAAGGCAGCAGCAGCACAGGCUGCUAAUGAGAAUCAAUGGUGGUGCCCGGAAAAUGUGUUUGAGCUCCGAUCAUGGUCAGAACUGUUCUCAGGAGAGCGUGUUGAUGCCUGGAUCUGUUCUUUAAUUGGCUCUGUGAUGGUUGGGCUCAGUGGUGUCUUUCCUCUUCUCGUCAUCCCAAUUGAGGCAGGAGCAACACUGAAGUCUAAAGAUGGUUCCCAACGGUUGAAACGAUUGUUGAGUUUUGCCAUUGGUGGGCUGCUUGGGGACGUCUUCUUGCAUCUUUUGCCCGAAGCCUGGGCCUAUACCUGCAGUAGAAAUCCAGAUGGAGGCUAUAGUCGAGACCAGCAAAGGAAGUUGGGAUUUUGGGUGAUUGUUGGACUACUUGCUUUCUUUGUUUUGGAGAAAAUAUUCCCAGAUAAAGAUGAAGAGGAAACAGAAUAUCACAAAACACUUCAGAUUCAGAAGACAUUGCAGAAUAGAUGUUGUUAUACAGAUAAAGGGAUAAAAUGCCUUCAGAAUGGAAAAAAUAUUUCCUCUGUGAAUAUGCAUUGCAUUGAUUCUUAUUUUGAAAUCCGAAAUGGGUACUGCUAUGACACUACAUCACAGCUAAAGGCAUUUACUCAGCCUGUUCAAGCUAUAAAGAUUAGUGGAUACUUGAACCUGAUUGCUAAUGGUAUUGAUAACUUCACACAUGGCCUGGCAGUGGCUGGCAGCUUUCUUGUUAGCAGAAAGGUUGGGCUCACAACAACACUAGCUAUUCUGCUUCAUGAAGUCCCACAUGAGGUCGGAGACUUUGCUAUACUGCUGAGGGCGGGAUUUGAUCGAUGGAGUGCAGCUAAAAUGCAGCUCACAACUGCAUUUGGAGGAGUGUUGGGGGCCUGCUUUGCCCUCUGUGCAGAGUCUCCUGAAGGAGCAGAAAUUGGAUGGCAGAAGGGAAGAAGCUGUUCCUGAACUGUGUGUGCCUUCAAAUUUCGCUGCUCCCUCCUGAUGAUAGCAAUGAGAACAAGGCAGACCUGGGUGAUGAGGGUCCUUAAUGAUGGAUGCCCCCUUUUAUUUUUUUUUUGAGGCAUCGCUUCUUGAACAUGGCUGGAUACUAUGUACACUAAUGUCCAUUUUGGAGCAGACUAAGUUUACAAUCUCUGCCCCCCCCCACCCCCCCACCCAUACCAGACUAUGAUGCAGCCAGUUAGAUUGCUGUCCACAGUACAUCUUUAGAAAUUUGCAAUUUCUUUGGUGACAUACCAAAUCUCAAAGUCCGAAUGAAAUAUAACCUUUGUAGUUGCAUCAAUAUGUUGGGUCCAGGAUAGAUCCUCAGAGAUGGUGACACUUAAAAUUGCUCACUCUUUCCACUUCUGGUCCCUCUGAGGACUGGUGUGUGUUCCCUCGUCUGACCCUUUUUGAAGUCCACUAUCAGUUCUUUGGUCUUACUGACGCUGAGUACAAGGUUGUUGCUGCAACACCACUCAACUAGAUGAUCUAUCUCACUUCUGCACAUCCUUUCCUCACCAUCUGAAAUUUUGCCAACAAUAUUUGUAUCACCCAUGUUAUUUAAAAAAAAAAGUUGGGAACCCCUGGUAGUAUUUACACUGCUAUGAUUCUGGAAGCUUCUCUUGGUACUGCAUUAUUUGAAUAAGAGUUAACCAGUAAGAUAGCUUUUAUCUACAAAUUUGAAUGGCAUUUUUUCCUUGUCUAAAUAACUUCACCGCAAGGCAGCGGCAUCUUAAUCUUAGCAUCUUAGUCUCUUUGUCUUUAAGCCUUCUGCUGCUAGCUUCUGUUCUUGCUUACUUUGUUAUAUUGAUGGUAAUUAAACAUUUGUGAAACAAAAAAGUUUUGUGUCUCUUUUCUGACUUCUGAAAGAACCUUGGAUGAAAACAAAAGGAUCCAAAGUCUUGUUUCCCAAAUCCACUUUCUUAGCAACACCCCCUUCCCAUUCCCCUGUGUGUGUAGUUAAUAUAUGAUGGAUGUACAAAGCUAUUUUUCCUGGAUAACAAUGAUGGAAGAUUAUAAUAUGAUACUUAAAAUGUCCGUUGAUUUUAUGGAAUGUUGAUGUUGAGAAACAUUUCAAAUGAGGACCUGUCAUCCAGUGGUACAGGGUAUUGUUGGAUCCUUAUUUCAUGCAGCCACGCAAAGCCUGUGAGGUGAAGAACGUGAUCUUUAAAGUACUGUCUCUAAAUGGUGUUAUUUUCACAGGAGCAGAAAUGCAUGAUUAACAUUGGACACCUUUUUUUCUAAUUGCAUUGUGCUUUAUGUGAUGCUUAUGAAAGUGUCAACACUAUGCCCCUUAGUAUGAAAUAGUUGCAACCGAGUUGUGGUACCAUGAAAGGUAGGCACACACUAAUCUGACGUAAAUUGCAGCACCAUUUCAUCAUAAACUCCCAAAAGUUGCGGAGAGCUUUUCCUUCAACAGAUCAUUAUACUAAAUGUCAUUUAUUAAAUAUUUACAAAUCAUAUCUCUACUUUUCACUAAAGAAAUAAGUGGCACUUUGUCAUUUAGGAUCUCAUUGUUUCCACCUUUCAAACCACCCAUACUUGAAUUUUCCAACCUGUCUAUCUUGCCUACAUGCCUCUCUGUUUAUAAAAAUGCUGUUUCCUUUUUACAAUAACCUUGUUUGCUUGCUUUGUCUGUUCUUCCCCCCCCCCCCCCCCAUUUCCAAAAAGAAAUAGCAUUGUGCCUUUUGUUCCCUCCCCCAGUACCUUUGGGCUCAACCCAUCUUUGAAAAGACAAUCUGUGUGGCUCAUUUUAUGUUCUUGGUGACAGUCUGGUUGACCACUGAAAUCGUGCAUAAAAUGCUGAAAGAACUCAGCAGGUCACUCACCAUCUAUGAAGGGAAAAAAAACACUUAAUGUUUCAGGACGAGACUCUUCAGGACUAGGAGGGCAGAAACGUAGAAGGCUGGAGAAGAGCUGGCAGGUGAGAGAUGAGUCUAGGUGAGGGGGAGGAAGAUGGGUAGGUGGACGAGGGGGAGAGGGGAUGAUGUUAGAAGCUGAGAGGUGAUAGGUGGAAGUGGCAAAGGGCUAAAGAAAAUGGAAUCUGAUUAAUGAGAACAAUGAACCUACGGAUGAGACAAACCAAAGGGAGGAAUAUGUGGGAGGGGAAAGAGAAGGUGUGGUAGAAUGAUUUUUUUUAAAAAUGGAGAAUGACAGAGGGGAGUGGUUACUGGAAGUUAGAGAAAUCGAUAUGCAUGCAGUCAGGUUGCCUUCUACCAAGGCAGAAUAUGAGGUGCUGUUCUCCUAAUCUGCAUCUAGUCUCAAUCUGGCUGUAAAGGAGGCCAUAGACAGACAUAUUGGUGUGGGAAUGGGAAGUGGAAUUAAAAUAGCUGAUCACUGGAUGAUCCUGGCUGGUAUGGUGGAGAGAAUAUUGUUGCCAUCUAACUGGACUCUGACAACUCGCAGUUUAUAUACUUAAGCAUAAAGAGAACAGCUAUGAAAUUACUGUUCAGAAUUAAUCCAUUUUUAUAGCUAUUGAUUCAAUAGAAAUUUUCUGCACUUCUGAAUCCUAUUUGAAUAUUUAAGUGCCAAAUAUACAUAUUUCCGGUGUUAAUAAAAUCUGUGUUGUAGGACAAUAAUAUUCUAAGAUUAGUAAAAUAUUUGUCCAACAAUUAGUAAGUGUCACAAGAUUUCAUUACCAUCCUUCUUUUGGUAACUUUGGGUCCCAGGCUUCAGCAGAAAAUGCUGUACAAAGGAGAGCUGGGCUUUCAAGGAUUGUGUACAGCCUGGGUGACUGCAAUAUGUCUGCACACUGUCAGCUUAUUAUCUUGACUUUUGCCUUACUAAACAUCUACAAGAGCAAAGGCACUCAACAAAGUGCUUUCCUGCUGACCUGCGUCAUGUCUCACCAAUGUAGAGGAAUUUGUGCCAGUUGCAAUAAAUGACACUAAUGGAUUUGUAUGUGACAACCAUUUUACUGAAAUAUUAGCGUAUAAUACUGAGAGUUUGCAGGUAAGGGAAAUGUAGUCACUGUAAUUCUAAUUUCUCAAUAUCUUCAA